CAUUUUCUGUUAUUGCAACUCUGUAGGAGGUUGAGAAAAAAAAAUCAGGAAAAGUGUGGAAGACAUUAAGCGAAGCAGCGCUGAUCUUCAUUUCAACCUUUAAAGGCAUUUUUUUCAAGGCUUUUACAGCCCUCUUGUUUGAUAUUGGUUAAGCAGAACUGCUGUGAAAGUUUUCCUCUCUUGAAACAGGUGUCUCAGGAUACAGCAGAGGAAACACUAUUCACACAAUACAAGGAAGAAGGGAUGGGCACUUUUGAAAAUGAAAGUGCUUUUAUCUAGGGCCUGUGAAGGGCAAAGCUUUAUCCAUCUGUUUACAAAUUCAGGACAAAUUUACUUUCAGACUCCCAUUUUUUGCCACAAAAAGGUCAGAUAUAAUCUAUUAUAACUGACAUGAACAACACUGUGAGAGAAGAGCUUUACAAAACAUUGUGUGACCUCCUUGAGAAGCAAUUUAAGGAUUUUAAAUGGUGGCUAAAGGGUAUUGACUACAAUGAAAAGCCAAACAUUGUUACAGCUUCUUUGGAGAAAGCUAAUCAGCAAGAAGUUGUAGAUCUCCUGAUUCACUAUUAUGGAGAAGACGCUCCAAAGGUGUGCAUUCGUGUCCUUCAAAAAAGCAACAUAAAUGAUGUUGCUAGAAAACUUGAGGAAACUUUACAGAAAGAUGUUGAUGCUCACCAAUUGCCAGAUUCAUCAGAUUACAGAAGCUAUGUUAAAACACAGUUUGAAACUAUUGAAGAUCCUAAUUCUGAUCCUGGUGAACGUGUGUCCCUAGAUAAGAGAUACUCAACGCUAACCAUCCUACGUGGUCAACUGUCUCAACAGGAAAGGGUAAAUGGAAUUCAAGCAAUAGGAAGGAAACAUACUGAAAUUCAAGCAAUCAGCAAGAGACCUGAGUCUUCAGCCAAAAUUAAAACAUUAUUUGACCCUAUACAUGGACUAAAUCCAAAAACUGUUGUGUUGCAAGGAGCUGCAGGAAUUGGAAAAACUAUGAUGGCCAAAAAAAUCAUGUUGGAUUGGGCUUCUCAACAAUUUUACCCUGAUCGAUUUAAUUGUGUUUUUUAUAUUUCUUGUAGAGAGUUUAAUUGCCAUGCAGAGUCAGAAAAGAGUAGCAUUGCAGAGAUAAUUUCAAAACAAUGGCCCAGGUGUCAUGCUGUAGAAAACUUCAUUCAAAACAUACUGAAGAAUGAAAGGAAGCUUCUGUUCAUAAUUGAUGGGUUUGAUGAAUUAAGGUAUUCUUUUGAUCAGGCUGAAGAUUCCUGUUGCUCUGAUCCCUGGAAGAAGGAACCUAUAAAAAUUAUUUUGAGAAGUUUAUUCCAAAAAAAGCUUCUUCCUGAAUCCUUUCUUAUAAUCACAACAAGACCUAUUGCUUUGAAGAAACUCAAUCGAUAUUUAGAAUAUCCACAUUUUUUCCAGAUAUUGGGGUUUUCUGGAGAGAAGAUGGAAGAAUAUUUCCAGAAUUUUUUUGGAGAUGAUAAAGACCAAGCAACUCAAGCUCUCAGAUUUGUGCAACAAAAUGAUACACUUUUCACCAUGUGUGUCAUUCCCCUUGUGAGCUGGAUCAUCUGCACAGUGUUGAAACAAGAGAUGGAGGGAGGUAUAAAUCUCCAGAAGAUGCCAUGCACUCUCACUGAAAUCUAUAUGCUGUAUCUCUCCAGCUUGUUAAAGUAUCACCACAAAGAAUCCGAACAGGAUGUCCAAAGAAAGUUGAAAAACGUCUGCUCUUUGGCUGCAGAGGGCAUCUGGAAGCAGCAAAUACUGUUUCCAGAAGAAGAAGUCAUGAAGGACAAUUUGGUUCAGGAUGACUUCUUCCCCCUCUUUCUGAAUGAGAACAACUUCAAACGAGAUAUUCACUGUAUUAAAAACUUCAGUUUCAUUCACUUAAGCUUCCAGGAGUUUUUUGCUUCUUUGUUUUAUGUUCUGAAAGGAGGAGAGCAGCACCAUUCUGAAAACCUGAAUACAAAUUUGCGGGCACUUUUAAAAAGACAAACUUUUGAGGACCCCAGCACAAAGUGUGAAUAUUUUAGGUCUGAAUUUGCAGUAGAAUUUCGUUUCCUCUUUGGUUUUCUAAAUGAAGAAAAUAGAAUGAGAGAGUUGAAAAAAGAAUUUGGAUGGGAAAUUUCUUGCGAGAAUAAAGAGUUAUUAUUAAACUGGGUAAAAAAAAACAUUAACAGCAAAAUUAACGCGAUCGACCUGAAUUGGAUCACACAAGAUAAGCAUAUGCUGUAUUUAUACAAUUCCUUUCAUAUAAAAAUUCAUUUGUAUUUGGAAAAAGAAAUACUUAGUUACUUAUAUGAGACACAAGAUGAGAAUUUUGUAAGAGAUGCGCUAUGUGCUAUCACUGAAAUAAAUUAUCAGUGCAACUCAUAUAUGGAAUUGAUGAUCCUGACCUAUUGUAUACAGCACUGUCAAAAUUUGGAGUAUCUCUAUGUUCGAAGCCCUACAUCUAUAUAUCAGGCAGAUAAUGGAUUAUUUCUUCCAAAAAACAAAGUACAUUCACACCGGAACUGGAAGCCAUUUAAAUUGGAUGAAGGAUAUAUGGAAGAUUUCUUUAAAUCACUGACAAAGCUGAGAAACCUAAGAGUCUUGAGGUUGGAAAACUUGCAUGUUACAGUAUCCUGCAGAUUGCAACUUGUUGAAGUCUUUAGGAAAAACCAGAAGUUGAAGGAAUUAAAUUUUAUCUUUGAAGAUACAAAUCACAGUGCAGUGGAAUUGUUGUGUUCAGCGCUCCAACGUCCAUGUGAAAUAGAAACACUGGAGCUGAAUGUAAAGGGCAUGACCCAAAAAUGCAGCAUGGAUCUUGCAGAUAUAUUUUGGAGAAACCAGAAAUUAAAAGAGUUAAAGUUGUAUCUCUACAAUAUAGAUGACAAAACAGCACAUAUGAUGUUUUGGGGGCUUCUACACAGAAACUGUAAAGUAGAAAAACUAUGGCUUAGUACCGAGUUGACUGAAUCCUGCAGCUGGCGUGUUGCAGAACUAUUUAGGAAAAGCCAGACAAUAAAACAGGUAUGGUUGGUGCUAAGUUAUUCAAAUGAGCAACGAUUCAAAAUGAUAUGUGAGGCGCUUCAAGAUCGACACUGUAAAGUAGAAGAGCUCUGGUGGAUUCAUACCUGCAGGCUUUUUGGAAAAUGGUUGACUGAAUCUUGCAGCUGGCAUCUUGCAAGAGUACUCAUGAACAGCCCGAUAUUGAAAAAAUUAUGGUUGUGGGUUGAGGAUUCAAAUGCCAGAAUGGUGAACAUUCUGUGUAAGGGGCUUCAAUACCCAAAAUGUAAAUUAGAAAAACUAUGUAUUCAUGGAGGAUUUCUGUCCAACACAUCCAGCAGUGAUUUUUUAGAAGUACUUAAGAGAUUAAAAGAGUUGCAGUUAUUUCUCUGCCGUCUAGAUGAAAAAGUAGAGAAAAUGCUGUGUGAGGGGCUCCAACAUUCAGCGUGCCAAAUAAAAAAACUAAGGCUUGAGGGAGAGUUCCUGACAGAAUCCUUCUGUAGGUCUUUUGCAGAAAUACUGAGAAAAAAAACGAGAUUGAGAGAGUUGGAUUUAUUAACCAAUAACACAAAUAACAUAGCAGUGGAAAUGUUAUGUGAGGGACUCAAACAUGCAGACUGUAAUGUAAUAAAACUAGGACUUGGUGGAAAGUUUCUGACUGAAUUUUUCAGCAGUCAUCUUUCAGAUGUAUUCAGGAAACAUCAGACAUUAAAAGAGUUAGAGUUGUUUCCCAUCAACAAUAUUGAUGGUGUAGUGGAAGUGCUUCGUAACGGUCUCGAACAUUCAGACUGUAAAUUAGAAGUGUUACGCAUUAAUGGAGAGUACUUAAAAGUAUUCUGUGGGCACUCUCUCUCCUUUGGGACACAGAUUGCGACAAUUGUCAAUAUAAACCAGAACCUACAAGAAUUUUAUUUGCAUGGUGACUGCAUUAGUGACUAUGAGACGAAGCUACUCUGUGAAGAACUAAAACACUCAGGGCAUAAUUUAAAGGACCUAUGGUUGAAUGGAAAAUAUAUUAUACAGAAUGGAGAAUGGAUGGACAUGGAGCAUAUGACUUGAGCCUCCUGUGCAAAUGUUUUUUCUUCAUGGCUGCCUUUUUCUAUUUUUAUUUCUAUUAAGAAUAUGGUCAGGAAGAGUUGGAAUUUAAUAUACACUAUAUUACCAAAAGUAUUCACUCACCCAUCCACAUAAUCAGACUCAGUUGUGGGCGAAUACUUUUGGCAAUAUAGUGUAUUUCAAGUGAAAUUCUGAAGAGGUUUCUUUCAGCAACUAUAAUCUGAACUGUGGAGUCCUUGUGAUCUCUGUGGUUGGUUGUUUACUUGCAGAUGUUUCGGCUUCUAGCACUGAAAAUGUUACCUAGUUAGGUAAUGAAAUGUCUGCCCCCCCCAAAAAAAAAAGUUCAAGGAGCUUCAAGGACUCCACUUUUCUGUUUUAUAUGAUUUACCACAUAGCCAUGGAGACAUUUAACGCUCACAAUAAUUUAUUCUAAUUUGUAAAAUGAGCUAUAAAUAAUCUUAUAUAUUCUUAUAUGCAUUAUAAUUCUUUGUAAUUUUUUUACAUUAUUACUAUCAAAUUACUGUAGCAUUAUUACUUACAUAUCUGUGUUGAAAUAGAUCAAUAGAGUAACAAGUUUUAUUUUAAGAGAAUAUAGAAAGAGAAUAUGAUCCAGUUUUGAAAGUUGGUGGUGUUAUUGUUGUGCAUAUGUAAUAAUCUCUUUCAAUCUCAUUCUCACUUGUUUUUACUCUCUACAAAUUCACCCAGCCAUCAGGAUUCGUAGCAGUUUUAUUUCUUGCUUUUGUAGUGUACUGCAACAUUAUUUUCUUUUAUUUCCAUUUCUAUGGUUUUACUCUCAGAGGAUUUCUGAAAUUCCAGUUAUAAAGCUGAUGUCAACACAAGUCUGACAUGAAUAAAGCAUUUAGAAGGACAUUUGUGCCAUGGUUAUUGAUACAAGAUUUCAAAAUAAAGAAAGCCAAAUGAGCAAAGGGUCAAAUAAUGGAAUGAACUUUUUAUCAUCAACUUUCAUUAUCAACCUGUAUCUUUCCAGUGGCAAAACAGUCUUAUCUCUCUUGCCAGUUGUUGUGUCAGUUAGUUAAUUUUUGGUGAUUAUUAAGUAGGAAUUUCAGUAUUUUGUAGAUUGGUUUAGAUUAUCAUUGAAUGUUUAUUCAUUAACAUAUAAUUAACUACAACAAUAAUGAAA